AGAGUAUAUGCUGCAUCUCAAUCAUAAUUCUUGUAAUUGCCAAGUUUAGUUCGUGGUGUUUCAUCCGUGUUUAUGGGAAUCUGAAUUUUAUUCUCAUGUGUUGGUGUGUUCCGAGUUAUUCGUGUUCCCGUUCCUUGUGUCCUUUUUCAUUGACAAUUCUUGAUACGUAUGAGAAUUAGUUGAUUCUUUUGAUUAUUCUGCUGCUAGUGGAUAAUUUGACGCUUUAACUGAAUCGACUGAAAGUUGAAAGAUGUGAAUAGUAACCACCCUUAGCUGACAUAUGUUCCACCAGAGCCGCAUUAAGUUUUCUUUGUAAAAAUAGGCCUUCUACUUCCCUUUUUAUUUAAGUGAAAGAUGGUCGCUUUUGGAAAAAAGUUGAAGGAUAGACAAAUACAAGAAUGGCAAGGAUACUACAUCAACUACAAAUUGAUGAAGAAAAAAGUAAAACAAUAUGCCCGCCAAAUUGAAGUCGCAGCACUUGAACGUAGACAUGUGCUCAAGGAUUUCUCGAGGAUGCUAGAUGAAGAGAUUGAGAAAAUCGUACUUUUCCUACUGGAGCAACAAGGGCUACUUGCAAGUCGGAUCGCUGCACUAGGGGAACAGCAGGAAGCUCUUCGAGAGCAACCUGAUAUAUCCAAGAUAUGUGAACUACGAGAAGCUUACAGGGAUGUGGGGAGGGAUCUGUUAAAGCUUUUAUUUUUUAUUGAGAUAAAUGCUAUUGGUCUGCGUAAGAUCCUCAAGAAGUUUGACAAACGUUUCGGCUAUAAAUUCACCAAUUAUUAUGUCAAAACUCGUGCAAAUCAUCCUUAUUCGCAGCUUCAGCAAGUGUUCAAGCAUGUGGGGUUAGGUGCAGUUGUAGGAGCCAUAUCUCGCAAUCUUUCAGAUCUGCAGGAUCGUCAAGGGAGCUACCUAUCUAUAUACGACGAGCCCACUCUUCCCCUCCAGGAUUCUGUGAUUGACUCUAUAACAGUGGCAGCAGACCGUUUGAACCACUCAACCAAUUUUCUAGAUUUCUUGGGUCAACAUGCACUUAUUAUGCAACAAGAGGAGUUGCCCACUCCUUCUGAAGAACAAAUUGAUGAUGAUAGAUACCAUUUUAUGUCUCUUCUGCUGAACCUGGCCAACACAUUUCUGUACAUGGUCAAUACAUAUAUUAUUGUCCCAACAGCAGAUGACUACUCAAUGAGCUUGGGUGCUGCAGCAACAGUCUGUGGUAUUGUGAUUGGUGCAAUGGCUGUGGCACAAGUCUUUUCAUCAGUUUAUUUCAGUGCAUGGUCAAACAAAUCUUACUUCAAACCCCUUGUGUUCAGCAGCAUUGUUCUUUUUGUGGGAAAUGCUAUGUAUGCAGUUGCUUAUGACUUCAACUCAAUAGCAAUUCUUAUACUUGGUCGUCUAUUUUGUGGGUUAGGGUCUGCUAGAGCUGUUAAUCGUCGCUAUAUUAGUGAUUGUGUACCACUUAAAAUCCGAAUGCAGGCUUCAGCAGGAUUUGUUAGUGCCAGUGCUCUUGGAAUGGCAUGUGGCCCUGCACUUGCUGGUUUACUUCAAACUAAUUUCAAAAUUUACAAGCUCACCAUCAAUCAAAAUACGCUGCCUGGCUGGGUUAUGUCUGUGGCGUGGUUGUUUUAUUUGGUAUGGUUGUGGAUUUCAUUUAGAGAACCUGCUCUCCCGAGUGAGGAGAAUGAUAUGCCACAAGAAGCUAAUGCUGAUACAGGUCCAACGGAGAAUGAAGAGCUUGAAAAGGGUCUUGUCCAACCAUUGCUCUUGACUUCUACUGACAAUCAGCAAGAUGAUAAUGAUGGAGAUCAAGAAUAUGAUGCAAGUGAAGAAGCUCCCGAGGACUCUCGUAGGCCAGCCAAUUCUAUGAGAUCAGCAUAUAGAUUACUUACUCCUUCAGUAAAGGUUCAAUUACUGAUAUACUUCAUGCUUAAGUAUGCGAUGGAGAUUUUACUUUCCGAAUCCAGUGUCAUCACCACAUACUAUUUUAGCUGGUCUACCAGCAAAGUUGCAAUAUUUCUUGCAUGCAUUGGACUCACUGUUCUUCCAGUUAAUAUUGUUGUUGGGAGCUACAUAAGCAAUAUGUUUGAAGACAGGCAAAUUUUAUUGGCAUCUGAGAUUAUGGUUUGCGUUGGUAUACUCCUAAGCUUCCAAGUCUUUGUGGCAUAUUCCGUGCCGCAAUAUGUCCUGUCAGGACUCAUAAUGUUUGUCUCUGCAGAAGUUUUGGAAGGUGUCAACUUGUCACUUCUCUCUCGGGUCAUGUCAUCGAGACUUGCUCGUGGUACAUACAAUGGCGGGCUGCUGUCGACUGAAGCAGGGACAAUUGCUCGAGUGAUUGCAGAUGCAACAAUAACCCUGGCAGGGUACUUGGGAGAGAGCAAGCUUCUCAAUGUCACUCUAAUCCCUUCUCUUGUCAUCUGUGUAUCGUCAAUCGUCGCCACAUGCUAUACCUACAACUCACUAUAUUGAAGCUGCAUUUUAUACUACAUGUUCUCUGGUCCCAACCUGGACUCCUCCAGCCCAUAAAUGAUUUCUUAAAUCUGCCUUUCUGGUUUUGAUCUUCAUGUAAUAAUAAAUAAAAAUGUGUACAUUCUUGAAGUUAAAUAGUUCAUAGCUCUUUUUUCUUUUUCCUGUAUGUAUAGAACUAUACCAGUAGAAAACAUGGAUUAAUUUUAUAAUCAGGUGAUUUGAGUCCA